AUGAAAAUUUCUCAGUCCAUCCUCGCUGUUAUCACUUUGGCAUUGGUCAUUCCCUUUGGCAACGCUUAUGAUCCAAGUCCUCUCCAGGACUUCUGUGUGGCUGUUAAUAACCUCAACAAUGGUGUUUUCGUGAAUGGUAAGUUCUGUAAGGACCCGAAGCAAGCAAAGGCAGAUGAUUUCUUCUACUCUGGCCUCAAUAUGGCCGGAAACACCGAUAAUAAAGUCAAAUCCAACGUGACAACAGUGAAUGUUGAUCAGAUUCCAGGGCUUAACACUAUGGGAAUAUCAUUGGUUCGCAUAGAUUAUGCGCCAUACGGCCAAAACCCACCUCACACGCACCCACGUGCCACUGAGAUUCUAGUCCUAAUUGAGGGAACAUUAUAUGUCGGUUUUGUCUCUUCAAAUCAAGACAAUAACCGUUUAUUCGCCAAAAUUUUGCAUCCUGGAGAUGUGUUCGUGUUCCCAAUAGGAAUGAUCCACUUUCAAGUGAAUAUGGGCAAAACUCCUGCGGUGGCCUUUGCAGGACUAAGUAGCCAGAAUGCUGGUGUCAUGUCAUCUAUUUAA